AUGGAUCCGUUCAAGCUCACUCCCGUCGCGCCCGGCGCCUCUAGCUUCUUUCCUACGCCAACCGAGAUCUCGGGUGGCGUCCGAUGGCUCCGGGACCACCCUGUCAUGGCCGCUGCCACCUGCGCCGCCGCCACCGCCUUUUCAAUGGCAGCCUACUUGGCCAUGCAAGCCAAAGAGCCUGUGCGAUUGCUCCACGUGGCGCCCAGCGCCGAGCUCUUCCCGGCCAAGCCGACCGUCUCGCCGUCCGACAAAGCCACCGAGCAGGACAGCACAUUCGACUUUAGUGACUACAGCGAGCUUC